CGUGGUUAUCUUCGCAGACAAAAGAAUGUAGUAUGUAGUUCAAGCUUACCAUUUCGAAGAUUCGCUGAUAAUCCUAAGUGUUAACUCGUAGGUUUGGUGAGCAUGGCCUUGUCGCUAUUAUUUUUUGUAACUUACGUGUUGUGUACGAGAAUUACAGCGGAGUUUCGGGGACCUGAGACCUCUGUCAAUCCCGAAGAUGACGGCAGCGAUGACAAAGAAAAGGCCAAACUAAGGUCAGUUUUAUCAUUGAUUGAUCGGAACGGUGACAGUAACAUAUCGGUCAAAGAACUCUCUGCUUGGACUCAGAAGAGCAUGAGAACGUUUUACAGACAGGAGGCCGACGGUAAACUGAGUGCACUGGACACUAACAAAGACGGCAAGGUUUCCUGGGUAGAGUAUGUCAAGGGCGCUGAAAACAGAGGUGGUUUCACAGAAAAGCAAGAAAGGCGUGAUAGUAAAAGAUUUGAACAUGCUGAUGUAAACAGGGACGGUUUGCUGUCACGUGAUGAGCUGAUUUCCUUAUUCCACCCCGAAGAAAGUGCAAACAUGUUUGGAGUAAUAGUUGAAGAGUUCAUGGAAUAUAUGGAUAGCGAUAAUGACGGUCUUCUAUCGUUUAGAGAGUACAAAGGGAAAACAGCUGAUACUGGAAACACGGACGAACACUCAGCGAAAGAAUCCUUUAAAAGACUAGAUAAAGACAGUGAUGGAAAACUGAACAAAGAGGAGAUGAAGCUGUGGUUGGAAGCAGUGAACACUUCUGCCCAAGCAAAUAAUCAAGCACAAAGACAAGUUCAAUUAGCAGACGACAACAAGGAUGGCUUUUUAAGCAAAAAAGAAAUCAUGAAUCACAUGGAGAUUUUCACCGCCGGGCCUGAAGGAUUCAAAACACAACAAAAAGUAAAAGAUGAAUUGUGAAGGAACUAGGCAUAAAAUAGU